AUGGUGCUGCUAUCCUUACCCUCUGAAGUCCUUUGGCAGAUUGUGUCCUUUCUGGACAUAACAGAUCUUUCUGUCCUAAGAUUUGUCUCAACCAAGCUGCGAACAUAUGCUGAUCAUCCUUCGCAUUGGAAAGAUCUUCAACUUCGUCCACCUCCCUCCAGCACCGCCGGAAUUUCGCUUUGGAAUUUAAACGAUCUCAAAGAUUUAAUCGGCCCUCAUGCAUCCCACACACGGUCGAUCAAGAUUUGGGGAGUCCGGGAUACGGUUGUUAGAUUUCUUAUUACCAGAUGCACUCACCUCCAGGAAUUGACUAUCUGUGGAUGGGCCACGCUAUCAGAUCACGCCUUCCGGUUUCCUGCCACUAACAGUACUGGUGGUACUAGUGGUACUAGUGGUACCAGUGGUGGUCAUCUUGCUGGGCUUCGGCGCCUAGAAUUUGUUGGUGCAACCCAGCAAUCCAAUUACACGGCUUUAGGGGCUAACACGCUUGGCCGGAUUCUGACUAAUUGUCCAGAUUUAUCAGAGCUUUUGUUAGGCUGUCAGGUCCACAUACAUGCCCAGACCUUAAUAGAAGAGCUUAAAAAGUCCAGUCGCCCCCCACUAUCCUUACGCUCUCUGACACUUGCCACCCACCGAACCUGGUCAGCACCUCACAUCACCCAUCUGUUUGACCUCUGUCCAUCACUUGAGCAAAUCGGACUACUACCUGCGGCUGCCUCUGGCUGUGAUGUCGGAAAAGAUUCGUCGAGUGUCCAGCGUUGGUUAGCCGACACGCAUUCUUUGAAACUUGAACAUUCUCCAGAGUCACCUAUUGCUCUCGAUCUUCCACUCGACCAAGACAUGGUCAUUUACCGUCCAACAUGCAAUACAACCCAACGAACCCAUUUCUGUACAUCUCAUUAAUCUCUUAUUCUUCUUCCUUAUAUAGCAUUUAACUACAAAACCUUUUUCUUUCUUUCAUGCUCUUUAACUGACAAAAUAUUGUAGCCAGCAGGGUCUGGUUUAUAUAAUCCUGUGUAAUUUUUUUAUGUAUAUAUGUAUAUAUGCAUGUAUAUAUAUAUACACACACUUACAUACACACUUACAUACACACUUACAUACACACUUACAUAUACAUAUACAUAUACAUAUAUACAUUCAUAAAGACCCAUCCCUUAUUUAUCUACCAUUGACCAUUGAUUUUACCUAAUAAUAAAAAUAAUCAAUAAUUUAAUC